UCUCUUUCGUCAAUAGAUCCCAAAACAAAAACAGAGAAACCCAUUAAAAAAAAAACAAACCUUGAUUGAUUGAUUCUUCGUGAUAGUGCAAUUUAUCUCCCUGGUGCAAUCUUGUAUAAAUUUUUUAGAACAAAUUAAGUUUGGUAGUGAUAUGGAUCCAAAUGCGGUAUUACCAAAGCGGAGAUUCAUACAACACGAGCUGUUUUCGCAGUUACAUAUACCGGGAAGCUUCGCAUUCGAAGCGUUUAGUUGUAUAUCCAAGUUUACAGGAGCUUUGCUUUGUUGGUUUUCUCAAGGGAACUUGGAAAUGGAAGUAUGUAAAUGUAACUAUCAUCAAUGUGACAGCUUUGAUUCUUCGAAGAACGUUAAGAGCUUUUCGAUUGAACGACCGAGGUUCUCGAAAGAUAUUGUUACCUCUGGCUUGUCUAAAUUCACUAUUGUUCAUCAUUUUGUUAAUGAAGCUGAGAGGUUACAUUCUUGUUCUGUGCUUUCCUUGGCUGCUGCGUUGAUACCGUCUUUGAAUGUUAUGUCUGCUUAUGGACUUCCUCUGCCUUUAGGGAGUAGUGAUGUUCAACUUUCGGAUGAUACUAAGAAUAGGACUUGUCAGGUUGGUCAUGAGGAAUAUAGUGGUUUGAGUUUUCAGAAAUCGGACUGGACACGACAAACUGUAGAGCCUCGAACAGGGAUCGAGUUCCCGAUGUUGCUGAAGAAAAAUGCUUCUCGGUCUAAUUCUGAGGUGCUUGUUGCAACUGGAUCUCGGACAAUGAAAAUUAUCAGAAUUAAAUCUCUUAAAGUAUAUGCAUUUGGUUUUUAUGUUCAUCCUUCCUCGGUCUGCCAGAAGCUUGGGUCAAAGUACGCUUCGAUUCCAGCGAACAAACUGGAUAAAUGCGACGAAUUAUACAAAGACCUUCUUAGGGAAGAUAUUGUAAUGAGUGUGAGGCUUGUGGUUAACUACAAUGGCUUGAAGAUCAAUACUGUGAGAGAUGUUUUUGAGAAAUCACUGCGUGCUCGUUUGGUGAAGGCAAAUCCAAAAACUGAUUUCAAUUGCUUGAAUGAUUUUGGUUCAUUUUUCACACAAGACAUUCCUAUACCCGCGGGAACGAUAAUAGACUUUCGACGAACAGCAGAUGGACAGCUAAUCACAGAGAUUGGCGGUAACCUGAUUGGAGCUGUCCGAAGCAAGGACCUUUGUAGGGCAUUUUUUGGUAUGUACAUUGGAGAUAUUCCGGUGUCUGAGCAGACAAAGGAGGAGAUUGGUAGGAAAGUGAUGGGAAUCAUAAAGAGAUGCUGAUCAAUCACUUGUUAGACGUCCAACGGCUUCUGAGUUUUAGAAGAAGGCAAUUGGGUAGAUUUACUAUGCGGUCAUGCUGUGAAUCAACAUACUUUGUAAGGAGCUUGGAGGAAGGAGAAUAACACUAAUGGCAUAAGUUGUAUUAAGAUUGUCUUGAUUUAUAUGAAAGUACGUAUGUUAUGUGAAUUUGUUUUGAUUACUCUAAAAUCAACUUCUUGUCAUCAAGCAAUUCCUUGUUUCCUCU